AUGUCAUCAUCUCAACAACCCAUAUCCAUAAACCCUACCUAUCUCAAGAACCAGUUUGCGCGUCGAUUUGUUCGAGCUCUAAACAACCUAAAGAAGCGAAAAGGAUCUGCUCAUGAUAACCAGAUGUAUCGCAGAUCUGGUCGUGUCAAAAUCGCAGCGUAUACAGCUAUGGCGUCUGUUGUUGGAUCAAGAAGAGCAUGGAGCCGUGCCGUUUUAUCUAAGAUCAAAAACCGACCAAGAAACAAGGAGUUAUUGCGAAGUAAUAGAAAGCGGGCUGAGCAUAGAAUCAUGAGUAAUCUUCAUCAUCGUCACCAUGCAAAGGUGUCUAUAAAGAGAAGAAACCCUAACCAUAUAAGAGACGAGGUCUAUUUUAAUCCAUUUAAGUAUUCAGGUCAGGAAUCGAAGCUGAGAAAAUUGGUUCCUGGUGCUGGAAGCAUGGAUUCAUGGUGUUUGGUGGAUGAAACUGCUGAUUACAUAAAAUGUCUUGCUGCACAGGUAGACGUCAUGCAAACCCUUGUGGAUCUGUACACUGCCACUUGA